GCCAUAUGAAACACUGCAUUCUUCUCCUUGAACCUUUGCUUUUCUUUCUCUGUUCUCUCAUAUGGCGAACCAUAAACGUGAUGCGUCUACGAGCAAGAAAAAUAUUGAUUUUUAUGAGAACAUGAAGGAAUUAAUUGAAGUCCAAAAGCAAAAAAUUACUGAUUUGGAAGAUACACAUGUUAUGAGGACUGCCGGGACAAAACAACUUAAUGAAACUUUAAGAAUGGCUCUAAAUACAGUCAAAAGAGAAAUUUCAAUGGAUAAGGAUUCUCUGAAAGAAUUAAAAGAGAUGAAAGUUAUGAACUUUAACAUGAGUCGUGAGCUGGAACGAUUGAGGAAAGAGAAUGAAAUAAUGACAAAGGAAUUGGCAGAGAGUAAGGCAUUAACUGAUAAGCUGAAACUUGCUGAGGAGAAUAUGCGGAUGACAAUGAAACUUAUUGAAGAGAAUGGGCGGGUCAUAAGAAAAUAUACCGAGGAGAAUGGGCGGAUCAUGAGGGAGCUGGAAGAAAGUGAAGUCCUGAAUGACCUACAGAAGAAGAAUUUUUCUGAAGAAAUUCGAAAGGAUGACUAUGAAAAACUCAAAGCAAAGGUGGUUAUGCUUGAAGAAGAACUUGAAAAUUCAAAAGAUUUCAAUCAAGCUCUAAUCACCAAAGAGCGUGAGAUUAACGAUGAGCUCGAGAAGGCUCGGAAGAAAUUAAUGGAGGAAAUUACGGAGAUAUCUUGUCUUUAUGAUAAUAUUUGUGUCAGAAGAGUGGGUGAGAUAGAUACAGAUCCUUUCAUUAGAACUUUCAGAGGAAGGAAAAAUAUCAGCAAAGAAGAUGCAGAUCAGGCAGCUUUGAAAGUGUGUUCAUUUUGGCAGAAGAACGUGGAGGACUCUCAUUGGUAUCCAUUCAAAAUAAUAACAAGUGACGGCAAGUCAAAGGAAGUUUUAGACGAAGAUGACGAAGAUCUUAUAGAAUUGAAAGAGAAUUUGGGUUAUAGAGCAUAUAAAGCAGUAGUGGCAGCUCUCAUCGAAAUGAAUGAAUAUAAUUCGAGUGGAAGAUUCAUUGUAAGAGAAAUUUGGAACAAAGAAAAAGGAAGGAGAGCUACAUUAAAAGAAGGAAUUGAAUUCAUGAUAAAUCAAAUGAAAUCAAAAAGAAGAAAAAAAGAAAUGGGGAACGAUGAGGUUGGUGAGGAUUGUGAUGAUGGAACUCCAUUUAUAACAAAAGGCUAAUAGGUUGGUUUAGCGUGACUUAGUAAUAUUUUGUUAGGUCAGAAUUAUGUAAAUCUGGUCCCACACACUUUGUAUUUGGCUAUAGUAACUUUUUGUUAGGUCAAACCUUGGGUUAUAGCCUUGGGUUAUUUAACUAUGUAAAUCUGGUCUAUUUUCAUCUCUAAA